CGACGAUCGGCCGACCGCUCCUCUCGUGGAGACAGUCAGUCGUUUCGAGACUGCCGAGUUGACCGGGUGUCGUCGAGAGCCGUAGAGAGCCGCGUCGGUUCGCGCUGUGUGUCUCUUCCCUCAGCUGCCACUUCUUCUCUUUCUCUCUCUCUUUUUCUUUCUCACUCUCUCGAACUAUCCCCUCGUCCUUUCCUUUGUGAACUCACCCCAUCGCGAUUACGGUACACCCGGCGACUAGGACCAUGGCGGGUUCGACGAUCACGGCCAUUCUACUGCUGGCGGCGACCCACAGCGAUAGUUAUUAACCAUAAGUCAGGCUGCAGCGGAAGCGCCCGCAUGUAGAAGGCUGUUAUUAGAGCUUAAAAAAAAAGUCGGCUCAGCAUCUCUCCAUUGGACAGCGCGAAUCCGGGUUCACCUCGUGAUCGCUGGACCGGAAACAGAAGCCGUCAUGUGCAACGUCGUCUCACCGAAGAACUUCUUCCCCGAAGUCAAAGGCAAUCUCACCAAGAUCGUCUGGGCGCACGCCGUCAACAGCAAAGCGGAAUUGGAUAGGGCACUCUCGUCAAACGACAUCAUGAUGCUGGAGGCCGACGUCGUGCUGGGCAAGCUUAACGAAACCGACAACAGCAGCAUCGCUGAGAUCCCGAUAAUGGCGCAUCCACCAGAGAACCUGAGCGAUCUGUCGCUCGAGGACUUCCUCAACACCACCAUCCACAAAACUGGCAUCAAAAAGGGAAUCAAGCUGGACUUCAAGACCAUUCAGGCGUUCGAGAAGAGCAAACCGAUUCUCACCAAGCUACGAGAGAACUUCAAGUUCCCGGUCUUCAUCAACGCGGAUAUCCUACCCGGACCGGUGAACGCCACGGCUACUCCGGUUAACGCGAAAGAUUUCCUCAAAGGCGCCGUGGAAACCAUUCCAGAAUGCACUCUCUCCGUUGGCUGGACGACCAGGUACGGAAAGGAGUACAACAUCAUCGAGGGUCGAUACACACCGGAGCAGAUAAAAAAUAUGACAGACACGCUGGCAGAGAACCAGAUCAAACAGUCGGUAACUUAUCCUAUACGAGCCGGUCUCGCGGCGAACGAUAUCGAGACCGUGAAGGCAUUGCUAAACAACACCUCAUCCGACAACGUGACAUUGACCAUCUGGUCGUCGGAGGGCGACCACGUCGACGCCGCGCAGCUUUCGAAGCUGAUCAAGGACGUGGGCGUCGAAAAGAUCUACUUGGACGUGCCUGAAGACCUAAAGAAGAAACUCGACUUCUCGAGCGCGUCCACACUGGUCUCCGCGGCGAUAUUGAUAGCGGGCAUGAUGUUAGCACUAUUUUCUAUUAAUAUGUGAAGUUGAAACGCGGAUGUUAAAACGGACGUAAAGUCGCGGCGGGAUUCGGGAAGAGGGUUCCGACCUUUCGAUCUUUUGACUCUCGAGUCUCAAAUAACGGAAGCACGAACGAAGGACGACGAGGUCCGAUAAAGAUCGCGCUUCGUGAAUAUCAUUCUGACGCCAUUGGCGAUCGGGUCGUCGUCCCGUUCGUCGACUUCGCGGACGUACGUCUUCGAGAUAUCUAACUCGUCGCAGCGAGUGCAAUUUCCAUCGCGAGAUCUUCCUAUCCAGAUAAAAGAAAAGAAAGAAAAGGAAAGCAGGCAUAUUCACCGAUUUGUACUUAAAAUGAUUAUUAGAAAACAUUCGUUCUACGAAAAUUCAACAUUUUUCUCUUUUGAUAGGCCCGAAAACGGCAAUGUGUUAAUCGUGAUUUACCAGGAACACUCGCGUAUAGACAGACGCGUCCCGCGUCAGUCGUGUGUCGAGAGCAUUACUUUAAUACUGACAGAAAAUUGUCACACGCUGUACCAAUCAUUUAUCAAGGUCGAUACGUUUCUUAAUUUCGUAUUGUAUUUAUAAGUGGGACAAAGUCCUGACCGCGAUAUGAUCGUUACACGGAGACCAACGUCGUGCAUCUGAAAUACCCUUUACCUCACUUUUGCCAGGCGAAGCCAACGAACAACGGCGAGAAGAACGCGUUUCAUGUAACUUUGUAUCAAACUGUACGUGCAUCGAGCUUGCCGCGCGCAUUCAUCAUGUUUAAUGUCCCGUCUUAAUGUUCACUAUAUGCCGUACCUUGUGCCUGCACAUUCAACAUAUCCCCGGUCUAGGUGCAGCAGAAAAUGGUAUUAGUCUCUAUGUAAACUACGUAUCCAAGCCAAAGGAUUAUAUAAAUGCAGUAUACGGUGCAAGUGCACUGCGUUUGAUAAUGAGUCAAUAAAAUAAUACACAAAAUUGCCGAAAAGUA